AGUUCAAAAUUCAAGAUUUAUUGAUACUGCCAAGAAACAUGAAUGUUUUACAAGAGAUCAACGUGUAAUACAUAUACAAUAAAAACAAUUAAAAACAAGUUAAAAGCAUCAAUUGUUUAUAAAUGGCAAUGAUAACGGAGAGUAAUAUUUACUGCGGACCGUGCGAAUCUCAACAUUCCACAACCGUAGCACAGCUUUGGUGCCCAAAUUGUGAUGAAGGUUUGUGCUCAAAAUGCAUGGAGUAUCAUAAGGUUUCAAAAUCUUCCCGUAUGCACAAAACUAUAACAAUAGAAAAUUUUAAGACCCUUCCAGAUUUUGUCCGCAACAUAGACCAUGUGUGUUCGAGUCAUGACAAUGCCCUUGACCUUUAUUGCAGUGUCCAUGAACAAGUCUGUUGUAUGGAUUGCGUAAGCGUUGAUCAUUCCGAAUGCCGAGGUAUAACGUCACUGACCAAAGUAGUUCAGGGGGUGAAAGAAUCAGCAUUUUACCACACCGUUAUGAAAAAUAUCGAAGAUCUCACAGAGUUUGCCACUAAACUACAAACUAAUCGUAGAGAAAAUGUAGCCAUGCUGCAACAGGAAAAAGACUUGCUCAUCGGAGUAGUAAAAUCCAAACGUACAGAAAUUACAUCUCACUUAGAUAAAUUAGAAAAACAUCUCUUACAAGAGCUAGACUCGACUAUAAAUUUAGAAUCUCAACAAAUUGAUCAAGCGGUUUCUCAUCUGCAGAGGAAAAUAUGCACUCUGAAAGAAUAUAAGAACCAAAUUUAUGCAAUCACUGAUAAUGCUACAGAUAUUCAAGCGUUUUUAGCUCUAAAAGAAAUAGACAGGAAUGUUGUUCAUGAAGAAGAAACAAUGUUAUGUGUAACGGAAGCGCCUGGUAUGAAGGAGACCAGUGUAAGAGUAGAGUUUGCAAAUGAGGUUGUAGGAUUCGUACAAGUAAAACUGAUGGGAAAUAUAGAACUUACAAAGAUAUCAACAAACAUGCAUUUUCCCGGAACGAAAUCUCAGCUUGUAAAAACCUUAUCAGAUAUUCAACCAGGAAUAGAAAAUAUCAAACUAACUUUAGUAACUAAAUUUCAGCUUCCCUUUGAUAUGGAUAUCAAUAUUUGUUGUUGUGUAAUAUUGCCAGACGAACGAGUUGUCAUGGCAAACAACUCAAACGAAGAAAAAGGAGGAAUGCAUAUUUUCUAUAAAAGUGGGGAGUACCAGAAACAUGUUGUAUGUACAUCGAAUCCUUUCGGACUUGCGGUCAUCAAUAAGUCCGAUAUUGCUGUAUCGUUUUAUAAAGAAAAAUCAAUUAAAGUAUAUGAUUCAGACAAUUUUAAUGUUAAGUUCGUGUUGUUAGAUGGGCACUGCGUCUUCGGAGUAUCCGUGGAUUCAGAUUGUUUGGCUACUGCUGUUCGAAAUAAAGGUAUUUAUUUCAUUAACUGUAGUUCUGGAACGAUUUUGAAAAUUCUCCCUAGUGACAUUAAUUUGCUAACCUAUGUGCAUAUGAUAGGAGAAAACAAACUUAUUACUGAUUAUGAAAAGGACGUUCUUUAUUGUCGAAAUAGGGAUGGAGAGACAAUAUGGAAAUAUUCGUCCCAUGCCAUGAAAGGACCUCGAAACAUAUGCACAGAUACUGUUGGAAACAUAUUCGUUGCCGCCUUUGUUUCAGAUAGCCUAAUAGCCAUCUCUCCUGAUGGGAAAGAUAACAAAAAAUUACUAGGAGUCGAUGACGGCCUGAAAAAUCCAAAAGCUGUAUGCUUUAGUGCAAUGACGUCUACUUUAAUAGUCGUUUCUCAAACGGGAUCUGUAUUGAAAUAUAAUCUAUCAUAUUCUUAAAAUAUAAUUAUCAUAGACCUGGUUUAGAAAAAUGAUUAAUUUGAAUGCGCCUUUUCUGUUGGAAAGUGAUAAUACCGUUCGAUUCUUAGCAUCACUGAAGAGACGUUAAUUGUCGAAAUCCGGAUAUGGUGUACUAAUUUUUUCACCUUUUGUUUGCGGUAUACCAUCUUUUCCGAAAGUUUAUUGUUUUCUGUUUGGUAUUAAAUAAAUAGUUAAGAUCCAUUUUGUUACAUCUGGUGAUCCGUUUAUUUGGCAAUCACCAAUGGCAGUCAGCAGGGUUUAAGAACAUCCGUUGUUCGACCUGCCAGUCAAAUGCGUUUUGUUUAAAUAUACUUUUUCACUUUGUUGGUCUUUUGGAAAAUGUUGUUUGUGCUGUAUUUAGAUCCCUCUACCAAGAAAUUUGUUUUGCAUGCACACGUACAAAAAUUGCGGUUUUUAUCCAACGCAAUCAUAGGUUUGAACGUUGUCUUCAAUUUAGA